AUGACCAUCAAGUUAACUCUACAGUCAUCGUUAAAUGAGCACAGAGGAUGCAUAAAUAACAUCAAGUUUGACUCCACGGGGGUCUAUUGCAUGAGCGCUGCCAACGACAGGAGCGUUAGGUUGUGGAAUCCUUCCAAACAGCUACACAUUAAGAAAUUUUUUGGUCCACACAAUUACGAAGUUAAUGACGUGUGUUUGAGAGAGGACAAUAAGAAUUUUGUAACUGUUGGUGCUGAGCAUUCCGCGUUCUUGUGGGAUACUCUCGAGGCCAAGGUGAUUAGAAAAUACAAUCAUGGAGGUAAGAUUGGAUGUUGUAACUACAUUUGGAAGAACGAUCUUUUGGUCACUGGCAGCGAGGACAGGACUGUGAAGAUAUGGGACAACAGGAAUAGACAUCCAGUGCAGACUUUUCCGGACGCCAAGGACACAGUUUCCUGCGUCGUCGAGUCCAAUUCAACAAUUUCUGCCUCUUCAAUAGACGGGCACGUCCGCCACUACGACCUUCGCAAGGGCCUCUUAAAGGACGACUCCUUCACCCACUCCGUUAUCUCGAUUUCUGUCCUUACUGGAGUUCCUGACUGCUACAUUUUGGCUUCUCUUGACGACUCAAUUAAGCUUGUAGACAAUGGGUCCGUUCUUAACACCUACAGCGGCCAUCGCUAUAAUAAUUAUAAGCUCCACUGCACUCUUGACCCUCUAGAGAGGUUCGUCAUGUCUGGUUGCUCCUCUGGCGACAUUCUCUUCUGGCCCAUCAAUGACACCUCUGGAGGCCACGGUGUGCUUUUCAAGUCUGCUCACGAGGGUAUGGUCACCUGCUUAUCCUUUUCAAACCCCGACCUUCUCAGUUCCAGCGGGAAGUUGAAAAAGGACGUUGAAAAGAACGUCCGUGAUCUAAUUUUAAAACAGGGCAACAUCUUAGUAUCUGGCGGCAGGGACGGUUGCUUAAAGAUUUGGAAUCUAACUUAUGAUUAA